AUGUUUUUAUUUCCCAAAAGGCUGCCUUUGUCUCCUGUCUACUCUUCUGUAUUCCUGGGACUAUGUUCCCUUCCAGGUUGCAGAUUUAAGGAUGUUAGAAGAAACCUGCAGAAAGAUAUAGAACAACUGAAGAGCUGUGGGAUCCAGGAUGUAUUUGUGCUUUGUACCAGAGGAGAGCUCUUAAAAUACCGAGUACCAAACCUUAUAGACACCUACCAACAGCUCGGGAUCUGUGUGCACCACUAUCCUAUUCUUGAUGGGGACGUUCCUGACAUUGCCAAGUGCUGCAAAAUUCUAGAAGACCUCAGAAGCUGCCUGGAAAGUAACCGGAAAAUGAUCAUACACUGUUACGGUGGCCUCGGACGCUCAUGUCUCAUAGCUGCGUGUCUCCUGCUUCAGCUUUCCGACACGCUGGUACCUCAGCAAGUCAUAGACAGCCUCAGAAGCUUGAGAGGAUCCGGGGCGAUACAGACCAUCAAGCAGUACAAUUACCUCCAUGACUUUCGAGAGAAGUUAGCUGCACACCUGGCAACAAAGGACACAGCGUUAAGAUCGGUAUCGCGAUGA